GUAGCUUCGCCCACUGCUCACAUCACAGAACCCUCUCCCUCCCGGUCUCUCCUGGCGGGCGUCGGGAGGGAGAGAGAGAGAGGAGUAGGGUCCAGCCUGAUGUACCCCAUGUGCCAGUGGCGUCCCCAGCGGGAAAUCCGCCACUACCUGCCUCAACCUCCAGCGCUCGUACUGGAAAGCUCCACUGUCCAGCAUGGCGGCCGCGCUCACAUUGGCUCGUCACGUGCUCCAAGCCGUCAGCAAUCGCCAUGGUGACGGCUAAACAAAACUAAAACCCAAGGAGCAGCGAACAUGCCGGCGGCGGCGGCUUCUGCGGAGGCUGUGGUGCAGAAGAAGAGGAGUUACUGCAGCAUUCAUGAAGCAGUGAAGUGCGGAGAUGUGGAACAGCUGGCCGUGAUGGUGAAGAACGGGGCGCACGUUAAUGAGGUGGAUCCCAUCCACAAAUUUACUCCCCUGCACUGGGCUGCACACUCGGGAAGCCUGGAGUGUCUUCACUGGCUGCUGUGGCACGGAGCAGACAUCACUGGUGUAACAACAAGAGGAUGGACGGCAGCGCAUUUAUCUGCUAUCAGAGGCCAAGACGCAUGCAUGCAGGCCCUGGUCCUGGGUGGAGCAAACCUAUCCACUAAAGAUGACCGGGGGUGCUGCCCGGCGCACUUAGCUGCGGCCCAUGGCCAUUCGUUCACUUUGCAAACUAUACUUCGUAGCGGAACGGACUCCAGCAGCGUGGACGUCAGUGGCUGGAACCCUGUGCAUUAUGCUGCAUUUCACGGCCGGCUCGGCUGCUUACAGCUCCUGGUGAGGUGGGGGGCUUCUGUGGAGGUUGUUGAUCAGAACGGAAACUCUCCAGUGCACUUAGCUGCCAUGGAGGGGCACCUGCACUGCUUAAAAUUUCUGCUUAGUAAAGUCACCAGUGUCACACAGGCAUUAGGAGCGAGGAACAGUAAUGGGGACAACUCAAAGGACCUGGCUCGGAAGUUUUAUAAGGAGAGGAUUGCCCAGUACAUAGACGGGGUGGAAUAUGAGCGGGACCACCCAGAGGAACAAGAGAACUUGGCAUUUCCUGCUCAUGUUGCUGCCUUCAAAGGUGACCUGGUAACCCUACGAAAACUGGUAGAGAGUGGAAUCAUUAAUAUUAACGAACGCGAUGACAAAGACUCCACCCCCUUACAUAAAGCUGCAGGGCAGGGGCGGAUCGAGUGCCUACAGUGGCUCCUGGAAAUGGGGGCAGACUACAACAUUACCAAUGAGGCCGGCGAGACCCCAAAGGAUAUUGCUAAAAGGUUUGCGCAGCUCGCAGCCAUCAAGCUCCUAGGAGGGAGAGUGGACCAAGAUUCUGAUGAAGAAUUAAGCGAAGAUGAUCCAAUGUUUUUCGAAAGACACGGAGUGGAAGGAAGCACCGAUCAGCUGGAUGACGUAAACCUGAGCGAUGCCGAGCGGAAGCGGGCACGUGUGAGAGCUUACAACAAGAUGAGAGAACUCGAGAAACUUCUGGAGAUUGCAAAAAGCAAUUAUAAGCAUCUUGGGGGGAUCCUGGAAGAAGAAAGUCAGAGGAAGAGAGAACAGAAAGCGUCUGAGAGGAAGAUGAAGGACCUGGAGGACCAGCUGGAGUAUGAACGCCUGCGCAGGGAGAAGAUGGAGAUUCAGCUGGAUGAGUACAGAGUACAGGUCGCCCAGCUCAACGGCUGCCUGGAACAGAUGAAGCCCCCGCCACGGGCCGGCGGGGAAAAGCUAUCAGAGGCAUAUAAGGAGAAGAAGAAGACCAGGAAGAAAAGCGUUCAGCAGCAGAGCCCUGGAGGCGUGUUUGUGAGGAGAGUCAGUGAGAAGUAACAUGGCGGCUGGCAAGACAUGCAGGGGAUUAUGGGUAGAGAGCUGCAGGUCACCUGUAACUGAGCUACAGCAAUAAUGUUAUUUAUAAGCAAUAUAUCAUCAAUAAAUCUACAGCAUAUUUUGAAAUUA